AUGGCAAAAAGUGCUAAUAAACCACCUACUGAGCAGUUAUGGAAACAAUGGGAUCGCAAAGCACGAAAAGAAGGUUUUCAUUCAACAAUUUAUUCGGCAAAUACCGAUCAGUAUAAAGGAGAAUGGAAAAAUGACAAAAAACAUGGAAAGGGCGUUUAUAUCUGGAAAGAUAGUGGUGAUUUUUAUGAAGGUGAUUUUUCAAAUGAUAAACGAAAUGGUUUUGGAACAUUGACAAAAAAAUCAGAGGAUGGAAAAUAUCAACGAUUGUAUGCUGGUGGUUGGAAAGACGAUAAAAGACAUGGUUAUGGAAAUUUAUUUUUUUCCGAUAAUGAAUAUUAUGAGGGUGAAUUUUAUGCAGAUAAAAGAAAUGGUUGGGGAAGAAUGUUUUAUGCGGAUGGUAGCACAUACGAAGGACAAUGGCUUGACGAUAAACGACAUGGUACUGGUAUGCUGCGUCUAGUCAAUGACAAUCGAUAUGAAGGUGAAUGGCAUAAUGAUAAAAAACACGGACAUGGUCGAUUUUUUUACGUGACACGUGGGCAAGUUUUAGAUGGUGUGUGGGUAGACGGUAUAUCAAAAAUGGGCGAAAUGAAAGAUUUCGGACGAGAACAAGCUAUUAUACCAACACCCUACGCAAUACCAGAUCUAAAGCUGGAAAAUCCUGAAGGUGUUUUGGCGGAAGCAGAAGCGAAUUUUUUACCCGAAUAA